CUUCUACUCAGUAUCUCUAAUCAUCAAUCGCAUAUCAUCGCCGCUCGUUCUCCCAAGGAAGAGGGUCCAAGUUGGCUGUGAAACCAUCUGUUACCCAUUUGAAUACGUCUCUACCCUCUCCUCACCGAUUUUCAUCCCUCUAGCUCGCAGCACUAGUCAGGCGGAGAGCUCCCACCACCACCCACUCUUUCACCUGCGACUCUCGUGACCGGAACAGGGUCUCUCCCACAAUGGCUACCGAAGAACACGAAAUCAAGGAUGAGCGCCUGGAAGCUCACGAAGAAGGAGGCGAUGAUGAGGAGGAGAUUGCUGCCAUGAAGAGACGAGUGGCCGAGAUGGAAUCUGAAGCUGCGAAGCUGCGCGAAAUGCAAGCUACCCUCGAUCAACAAUCCGAGAACCUGCGAGAAGAUAAGGAAGAGAUCGAUGCCCGGAGUAUUUUUGUCGGCAAUGUGGAUUAUGGAGCCUCUCCCGAAGAAAUCCAGGCGCAUUUCCAGAGUUGCGGCUCGAUAAACCGGGUUACGAUUCUCCUAGACAAGUUUACGGGGCAACCCAAGGGCUACGCUUAUGUAGAAUUUGCUGAGCCUAGUCUGGUCGCCCAGGCCCUCGUGCUAAAUGAGAGCGUGUUCCGUGGCCGAAACUUGAAGGUCGUUCCCAAGCGCACCAACCUGCCCGGCAUGAGUCGUGGACGCGGCCGAGGUGGUCGCGGCCGGGGUUACCGGGGAGGGUUUCCCCCUCGUGGAGGCUAUCGCGGCGGCUAUCGGGGCCGAGGACGAGGCUAUGCACCUUAUUAAUGAUCUCCAUCGUAAGGCCAAUGCAUUUACGGGCGAAAUCGUCAAAGAAAGCGCCAGGAAAUCUCAAGCGAGUCCACUGUUGAGCUUAGAAGAAGCGCCACGGGA